GACAUUAAGCUUCCAUCAUAAACUGUUUUGGUAAUCAAAACCCAAAAGCAAAAUUCUGCUUCUUAUUCCUAAAGCUUCACCCAAACAAGCAUUCCUAACCUCUGCUUUCGCUUUUGUUGAAGUUUCUAAGAUCAGAUUCAGACGCAAUCUAUCUAUCUCUCGACUCAGAGAAUGGAGAUUAAGGGAGUUGACAGAGGAAGAAAUUUGUGUGGAAAUAAGGGAGAUUUCACAAACCCCAACGGCAAUGUUUUUCGUAGAAAUACAAUGGUUUCUCGUGCUUUAAUUGGUGAUCCACCGACGAAGAUCUCCACCUUUUGCCCUAAGAAUUCAUCUGUUUGGACUCUAAAGCCCCAAGAGAAGACGGUCUGUAAGUACUGGAUGUCAGGCCACUGUACCAGAGGUGACAAGUGCUGGUAUUCUCAUUCGUGGUCUCUUGGGGGUGGAUUCGCCAUGUUGGCCAAGCUGGAGGGCCACAAGAAGGCGGUUCAAGGGGUUGCCCUUCCUUCAGGAUCUGACAAGCUUUAUUCUGGAAGCAGUGAUGGAACUGCAAGAAUAUGGGACUGCAACACAGGAAAGUGUGUUCAGUUGAUUAAACUUGGAAAUGAAGUUGGGUGUUUGAUUACUGAGGGUCCCUGGGUGUUUAUUGGCAUGAAAAAUGUUGUCAAGGCAUUGAAUAUUCACACAGCAAAUGAGUUCAAUCUAAAAGGGCCUGUUGGGCAAGUCUAUGCCAUGGUUGUUGCUAGUGAUAUGCUUUUUGCUGGUGCACAGAAUGGUGCUAUUAUUGUAUGGAGAGGCAGUUCUAAGGCCAGUUCUUUUCAAGCUGCUGCAUCCCUGGAAGGCCACACUGGUGCUGUCUUAUGUUUAGCUGUAGGAGAGAAAAAGUUAUUUUCUGGUUCUGCGGACCAAACAAUCAGGGUGUGGGACACUGACACAUUACAUUGCAUUAAGUCUUUGAAUGGACAUGCUGAUGCUGUGAUGUCUCUUCUUUACUGUAAUGGGUGUUUGUUCUCAUGCUCACUAGACUGCACUGUUAAAGUUUGGUUCGCAAAAGAAGGACAAAAUUGGGAGGUGAUCUACUCUCAUAAUGAGGAAAAUGGUGUGCUCACACUUUGUGGUAUGAAUGAUGCUGAAACUAAACCAGUUUUGUUCUGCUCUUGCAAUGACAACACCGUUCGCCUAUAUGAGUUGCCAUCAUUCAGCGAGAGAGGCAGAUUAUUUUCUAAACAAGAAGUCAGAGUGAUUGAAAGAGGUCCAGAUGGCCUUUUCUUCACAGGGGAUGCAACUGGCUCGUUGACUGUUUGGAGGUGGCUGCAAAAGCCUCAAGGAGGAGCCUCAUGAUUGUCACUCAAAUUGUUACUGCCUCCUCUGCUGCUGCCAAUAUCAACUUUUUGGCUGUAUAUUACUAGAGAUAUAGAUGAAGAUGUAUAAAAUUAUACCAUACGUAUAAUUCUGUUUUUAUUGGUUGUGAGUUGCGCAAACUACUAAUUCAAUUUUGUAAAAAAGAAUGAAAAAGUUCAUUCAUGAUUGUCGCUCUGUGUUGAGGGAAUAAAAUGCUGAAUUUGAAUACCAGAUUGUUUCAAUUUAUAG